AUGGUUGAGAAAUUCGGUUUAUCUUUCGACGUCUUUCAUGCGACUGCCUGGUUUCUGCUGGCCAAGGGGCGAGAGGAGUUUCGCCUCGCAGCUACGGUAUAUGUUGCGGUACCUGAGGUAGUCGCUGACUACUAUUGUGGCUAUCACGUGGAUAUUCAAGUGGUUGAAGCAUCCAUUGUUCCAUUUCCGACCUCAGCAGCUGCACCCACAGCCGUCACAGUUGCCCCAAGCACAGUCGGCUUCACCAGCAAAGGCCUUCUUGCAGUCGUUAUCAGAGUGACAAGAGACCCAGUUACCAUCACCCCAUCCAUAGUUCCAUUUGGCCCAGCACCAUGGGCCACUGUUGGCGAUAUUUCCGUUCCCGCUGCCGCCGCACUUCUUCCAGCACCAUCCUUUACUAUCACAGCCGUAUUCCUUCUUUCCGUUAUAGCACUUUCGCUUCUCCAGUAG